AUGAUAAGGACUUUCCUGAGAAGAUUAUUUUCAGAGCGGUGCAUAAUCAUUCAUCCUGUUUCGCAACAUCAGUAGCAUUUAUUUAGCCGUGGAGUAAAAGGUGAAAUCGCUAUGGCCGAGGAAGCAAUUGGUCUUGCAAAGUCUCUUGGAUGAAGCGUAGAAAGAGGCCCAAAAGCGCUCAACGAAGAAGUCCUAUAUCCUGACGCAAUUAAUUUAACAGCUGAAGAAGUGGACGAAAAUUCCCAUGGCAGAAAGCUGAAAUCCCGCAAUAACUCUUAUUCUACACACACAAUUGAAGGAGAAAAGCUACACAACUGAGAUGAUGUCGAAAUUGCAGGCACAGGGAUGAAAGGAUACUACGUAAAUGGUAGUUUUUAUUGAGACCCAACUGAAGAGCACACAACGGAUGAAGAAGACUUUGUAGGGGACGAGUGAAAAGACGCGAUAACUAGACAUGAAAUCGCUUCAACUUCUCUAGUCAGAGUAAGAAAGCCUAAUAGUGGGGUGAGGUUAAUUAAAGUACACUGUACUUUUUUAAACCCCUCCGAAAACCUACAAAAAUGACUGUGUAGUUUAAAAAUGGUCGUUUAGUGUGAAAAAAGUACAAACGGUACUUUUCGAUUUUUUAAAGACAGGGGGGUAAAAAAAGUAAACGGUGAAAAAAAAACAGCCAAAGCAGAGGAAAAAAGUACAUAUAAAAAUCAAUAUUCUAUCAAGACUAAGUAAAUUUAAGCAAAGAAAGGCCAAGGUUAAAUUGCAUAAUAAACAGCUUGUAUUGCAUUAUAAUAAAUAAUAAAUAAUAAACAAUAUUGCUGGAAAGAAUGCAAGAGCUGCAUGAUAAACAAUAAAAAAUAUUUGGCUCUCAAAAUAAGAGGAAAAAAGUACGCUGCAAAAUAUAAAAUGAUUAAAGUGACGUAGAAUAAUCUAAUAUAAAAGACUAAUAAUAAACACAGGAAAUUCCCUUAGAAAAUUUCAACUUAAUUUGUUAAAUAAAAGACCAAAAGUUACAAAGAAAUAUAAGAAAAGUGAUUAUGGAGAAAAUUAUUAAAAAUGGAUGAAAAAAGUACAUGUUUUGUUCAUAUGUGCAAAAAGAGUGAAAAAAGUACUCAUAAAAUUUUUAACAGUGCAAAUUUUGAAUGAAAAAAGUACAAAGGAAAAAAAAACAGAGGGAAAAAGUACAUUGACUUUUUAUAUGAAAAUACUAAUUUUUUAAAUAUGUUUACCUUAAAAAUGAGAAGAACGCAUCAAUUUAAUUUUGCUGCAUAUAUAUUAAUUCUCACUCCACCCCCUUUAAAUUGGAACAAAAAAUUUUGUUCCAAUUUAAAGGGGGUUUAAUUUUGUUUUUAGAAAAAAAUAUCACUUAACUUAACUUAAACAGAUGGGCUCGUGCCCCUAAUUUUAACGCAAUCAGCGAGGAUCCCUUAUGGGAUUCAUCCGCUUUGCGACAUCACUCCCACAUAAAGCGGGAGUACUGAUGCUCCUCCUUGUCUCUUAUAAAAGACUCCAGUGUUGAGUGGGCAGACUACGGGUUUGGAGGCUGAGGCGGCAUUCCGAAAUUCCAAAAAAUGGAAUUUCUGGUAGCCUGUCGGCAAAAGGAUAAAGACCAAAUCCUGGGAAGUAACGUCCAGUUUCACGCUAGGUAGUUGCCCGAUUGGUCUAGGUAUUACCUGUAGACUCUGCUGGGCUUACCCUUUCCAAAUCUGAACCCUCCUUACCUUCGAGGUAAAAAUCAGUCUCGAAUUUGGACUUUGGGCUAGGUUCUGCGCUCCUGCAGAAUUAGUUGCCUAGCAUUGCUGUCCAUUUCAAGGCUAGAAAAAACCUUGCCGGAUAUAAUUAAAAUAUGAGUCGGAGGCUGUAUGGCCGUGAGGCCAUACCUAGACGAAGACGCCAUAUUUUAAUUAUCUAGAAAAAAAAAAUCAAUAUAAAAAUUUAAAAAAAAAAAAUUUCAUCGAAUAGAUUAAUAAAUUUGUUUAAUAAAAUGCUAUUUACUCUUUAUCCUUUAAAACAAAGCAAUAUAUAACUAAAUUUACAUUAUUAGUUAAUACGCCACUAUUAAUUGGUAUCAAAAUUAUUUACAUAAAAAUUAUUAUUUUUAUUAAUAAAAAAAAAAAUUAAAAAAACACAAAUUUUAGAAAAUUUAUCGAUCAAAAUGCUAAUUUUGUUUAAAUAAGAUGCUAUUUAUACUCUAUUCUUUUAAAAAAAGCAAGAAAUAAGUAAAUUUUUUUAAUUUUAUAAAGAAUUCCUAUUGAUUUUAUAUCAAAACUAUUUUAAAUAAAAAAUAUCAUUUUUAUCAAAAAAAAAAUAAUUUUUUUUUUUUUAAAAUUUAGCAAUUAAGGAUAAUAAAUUUAUUUAAAUAAGAUGCUCUUUAUACUCUCUUCUUUAAACAAGAGCAAGAUAUUACUAAAAUUUUUAAUUUUAGUUAAGAAGAAGCAUUUAACUUAUAUCAAAAUUUUUUUAGAUAAAAAUUAUAUAUAAUUUUUUAUUAUAAAAUUAAAUUUUGUUCGGGGGUUAAUUUACCAAAAAAGUGAAAAUUUUACCUAUAUUUGUUCCAAUUUAAAGGGGGUGGAGUGAGAAUUAAUAUAUGCAGCAAAAUUAAAUUGAUGCGUUCUUCUCAUUUUUAAGGUAAACAUAUUUAAAAAAUUAGUAUUUUCAUAUAAAAAGUCAAUGUACUUUUUCCCUCUGUUUUUUUUUUCCCUUUGUACUUUUUUCAUUCAAAAUUUGCACUGUUAAAAAUUUUAUGAGUACUUUUUUCACUCUUUUUGCACAUAUGAACAAAACAUGUACUUUUUUCAUCCAUUUUUAAUAAUUUUCUCCAUAAUCACUUUUCUUAUAUUUCUUUGUAACUUUUGGUCUUUUAUUUAACAAAUUAAGUUGAAAUUUCUAAGGGAAUUUCCUGUGUUUAUUAUUAGUCUUUUAUAUUAGAUUAUUCUACGUCACUUUAAUCAUUUUAUAUUUUGCAGCGUACUUUUUUCCUCUUAUUUUGAGAGCCAAAUAUUUUUUAUUGUUUAUCAUGCAGCUCUUGCAUUCUUUCCAGCAAUAUUGUUUAUUAUUUAUUAUUUAUUAUAAUGCAAUACAAGCUGUUUAUUAUGCAAUUUAACCUUGGCCUUUCUUUGCUUAAAUUUACUUAGUCUUGAUAGAAUAUUGAUUUUUAUAUGUACUUUUUUCCUCUGCUUUGGCUGUUUUUUUUUCACCGUUUACUUUUUUUACCCCCCUGUCUUUAAAAAAUCGAAAAGUACCGUUUGUACUUUUUUCACACUAAACGACCAUUUUUAAACUACACAGUCAUUUUUGUAGGUUUUCGGAGGGGGUUUAAAAAAGUACAGUGUACUUUAAUUAACCUCACCCCUAAUAGUGCUUUGUUUUUUGGGACAGGAAAGGUGCGUGAAAUUGGGCAGGUAAUUGCAGAAAGAGGAGCUUCAGCAGUUUUUAUUAACACGACACUAAGUCCUCUUCAGCAUAGGAAUCUUGAUAAGUAAGCAUUAUAUAGCAAGUGGAACCAGAUAUUAAAAGAAAAUGAUCCCGAAAAGAAAGUUAUGAUUGUAGAUAGGAUGUCAAUUAUUUUAAGGAUUUUUGCAGAGAGGGCCAGGACUAAAAUUGCAAAAUUGCAGCUGGAGAUGGCUUGGCUUAAAUAUGUGAAAACUAGACUGGUGAGAGGAGAAGGCAACACGAUUUCAGGGCUUUUGUCAGCUUUUCAAGGGAAGUUUGGAACGUAAUUUUAAAAUAGAGGAGGGCUGCAAGAAAUGGAAAUUGUGAGUGCGAGAGGAAGAGGUGGCACAGGAAAAAUGGGCGGUGAAGGAGAAAAACAGCUGGAAAUGGAAAAGAGGCAAAUUAAUGACCGUGAAGCGAAAUUGAGAGCUGAAAUUGAUAGAGCACAAGAUUUAUUGGUAAAGAAAGGAAAGGAAGGGAUUUUGAAAAACUAUCCUACAUUUGCUAUAAUUGGCUACACAAAUGCUGGGAAAACAGCACUUAUGAAUUUUUUGACAGGAGAAAAUCUAAUCAGUGAAGAUUUAUUGUUCCAAACUCUUAACACAACUGCUAGAAAGUUAUCUUUGCCAAGUGGACAGUCAGCAGUCCUGCUAGACACUGUUGGUUUCAUAACGGAUCUUCCCCAUGACUUAGUUGAAGCAUUUAAAUCUACUCUAGAAGGAGUUCAAACAGCUGAUGUUGUCCUUCAUAUCAGAGAUAUAUCCCAUCCAUUUACAGAGCUGCAAAAAAAAGCUGUCUUCAAAGUCCUUAGUGACAUAAAUUACCCCCCUGAAAAGUUUUUUAAGCGAUAUAUUGAGGUUUGGAAUAAGGUAGAUUUAAUUGAAAAAGAUAUUAAAAUAGAAGAAAUUGAUGAAUCUCCAUAUCCAAUUGUUGCUAUUAGUGCAAAGUACGGAAUAAAUAUUGAUAAAUUGUUAGAAGCUUGUGACGAAAUAGGGAUGAAAGUAAUGGGAAGAAAGAAAAUGACUUUGGCAUUUCCAAUCGAGGAGUUUUCUAUGAGGAUGGGAUGGAUUUCAGAGCAGCUCCACAUCGCCAUGCCGACUUAUGAAGUAGAGGAAAAAAGAGGAAAAACUAUUGCAAAAGUUGCAGUGUGCAUGGACGAUACUACUCACCAAAGAUACAUAGCUAAUUUUGAGCACUAUGAAAAAAAGAGAAGAUAA